CAGAGAAUAAGGUGGUAGAUAGAAGCAAUGGCCUGCGCUUUCUCCAUUUCUACAAGUAAUGUUCUAGCAAUUAGACCUUUGGAUGGUCGAAUCUUCAUUGGCUUGAAACCCUCAACCAAUGCGAAAUUUAUUAUUGCUGAGCGCCCAAUCAAGAAACGAAACCGGCCUCUGCUAGUCAUCAGAGCAAGUGAAGAUCGGGGGAGGUCACCGGAGAAGUUAGGAUUAAGUGACGAGGAAUGCGAAGCUGCAGUUGUGUCUGGAAAUAUUCUUGAAGCACCACCUGUUCCCCCUAAAGCUGCUACACCACCUGGAACUCCUCUUGUCUCACCAUUCCCACUAAGUAGGCGUCCUCGCCGUAAUCGGAAGUCUCCUGUACUGAGGUCAGCAUUCCAGGAGACUUCUAUAUCUCCUGCAAAUUUUGUGUAUCCACUUUUUAUUCAUGAAGGUGAAGAGGACACCCCAAUUGGAGCUAUGCCUGGAUGUUAUAGGCUGGGAUGGAGACAUGGACUUGUGGAAGAGGUUUACAAGGCUAGGGAUGUUGGUGUUAAUAGUUUUGUGCUUUUCCCAAAAGUUCCAGAUGCUUUAAAGUCUCCGGCAGGAGAUGAAGCAUACAAUGAGAAUGGUUUAGUACCUCGAGCAAUACGUCUGCUCAAAAACAAGUACCCUGACAUUGUCAUCUACACUGAUGUUGCAUUGGAUCCUUAUUCCUCUGAUGGGCAUGAUGGCAUUGUUAGAGAAGAUGGUGUUAUAAUGAAUGACGAAACAGUUCAUCAGUUGUGUAAACAGGCUGUUGCGCAGGCCCAAGCAGGAGCAGAUGUUGUCAGUCCAAGUGACAUGAUGGAUGGACGUGUAGGAGCCAUUCGUGUAGUUCUGGAUGCUGAAGGUUUUCAGCAUGUGUCUAUCAUGUCAUAUACAGCAAAGUAUGCAAGUUCAUUCUAUGGUCCAUUCCGAGAGGCUUUAGAUUCAAAUCCCCGUUUUGGAGACAAAGAGACUUACCAGAUGAACCCAGCAAACUAUAGAGAAGCUUUGGUUGAGGCCCGCGCUGAUGAGGCAGAGGGAGCUGAUAUCCUUUUGGUGAAACCUGGACUCCCAUACUUGGAUAUUAUACGACUUCUUCGAGAUAAUUCCUCUCUGCCAAUUGCUGCUUAUCAGGUUUCUGGUGAGUAUUCCAUGAUCAAGGCUGGUGCUGUUCUGAAAAUGAUUGAUGAAGAGAAAGUCAUGAUGGAGUCUUUGAUGUGUCUCCGGCGGGCUGGUGCAGACAUCAUACUUAGUUAUUUUGCUCUACAAGCAGCUAGGUGUUUGUAUGGUGACAGGUGAGAAUUGACUGUUACAGAGAGGAAACUAAUUCAAAACACCUGGAACUCUAUCUAGUUGUAUGUCUCAUAAGUAAGCUUAGAUUGAUACA